AUGGAUUCCACAGAAGAAGCUUUUGAACAAGGGGGAGAUGGUGUUUUGAGAUAUCAAGGUAGAUUGUGUGUACCUAUGAUGGAUGGACUCCAAGAGAAGAUUAUGGUGGAAGCUCAUAGCUCCAGAUAUUCCAUUCAUCCGGGUUCCACAAAGAUGUAUCGUCAUUUGAGAGAAGUUUAUUUGUGGAAUAGCAUGAAGAAAGGCAUUGCUGAAUUUGUUGUUAAGUGUCCAAAUUGCCAGCAAGUGAAAACGGAUGGGCAAGCAGAGCGCACUAUUCAGAAUUUAGAAGAUAUGUUGAGGGCUUGUGUGAUCGAUUUCAAAGGUAAUUGGGAUGAUCACUUACCUCUCAUUGAGUUUGCCUACAACAACAGUUAUCACUCUAGCAUCCACAUGGCUUCAUAUGAAGCUUUUUAUGGGAGAAGAUGUAGAUCUCCUAUUGGAUGGUUUAAAGUUGGUGAAGCACAGUUGAUAGGACCAGAUUUAGUUCACCAAGCUAUGGAGAAGGUGAAAGUGAUUCAAGAGAGGUUGAAGACGGCACAGAGUCGCCAGAAAUCCUACACUGAUGUUAGGAGAAGGGCGUUAGAGUUUGAAGUAGACGAUUGGGUAUAUUUGAAAGUCUCACCCAUGAAAGGGAUUAUGAGGUUUGGUAAGAAGGGUAAACUCUGUCCCCGGUAUAUUGGACCUUAUCCAUGUUGCAUAGGUGAUCCUUCAUUGAUCCUACCAACUGAAAGUAUUAGGAUCAAGGAUAACUUAUCUUAUGGGGAGAUUCCUGUUCAGAUUUUAGAUCGCCAAGUUCGUAGAUUUAGAACGAAAGAUGUAGCAUCAGUCAAGGUCCUUUGGAGGAACCAAUUUGUUGAGGAAACUACUUGGGAAGCUGAAGAGGACAUGAAGAAGAGAUAUCCACGUCUCUUUGAAUCCGGGGAAAAUGCAAAUUAA